CACAAUUCACACUUAACUUGACCCUCUGGCUUAACAUAGAAAGAUGCUAAUAAGCAUGGAUAAAAGAUAUGAACCUUUAAUAAUAAUAAUAAAAAACGCCUUAAAAUUAAAGUCUCGAUUUGAUUUGAGAGAUAAUUGGUGGCAAUUUAACUAAAGGAAGUCCAGAAAGGUCACGAUCUAAAUCAUAGCUUUCUUACAUUAACAAAUGCCACCAUUCAACGUUCUCAUGGUGGCUGAAAAGCCUUCUUUGGCCGAAUCUUUAAGCAAGUUACUUGCACCUGGCGGACAGUAUACAACGCAUAAAAGAACAACACCUGUUCACGAAUGGAGAGGCAUGUUUAGAGAUCAACCUGCUGAAUUCCAUUUCACUUCAGUUACUGGACAUGUCUACAGUCUUGACUUUACUAAAGAAUACAACUCUUGGGAUAUAGAGCCUAUGAAACUAUUCGAUGCAAAGACGAUCAAGCUAGAAUCGAAUCCUAAAAUGAAAAUAACAAACCAUUUGCAGAAUAUGGCCAAAGGCAUGGAUUAUUUGGUUCUAUGGUUGGAUUGUGAUAGAGAAGGCGAAAAUAUUUGCUUUGAAGUUAUUGAAAACUGUUUGCAUUAUCUAAAACAACCGCCAAGUGGAAACAAGAUGGAUUGUGUCCUACGAGCUCGAUUUUCAGCUAUUACAAAAGAAGACGUAUCCAGGGCAAUGAAGCAUCUUGUUAAGCCUAAUGAAAACGAGUCAAAAGCUGUGGAUGCUCGACAGGAGCUUGAUCUAAAAGUAGGCGUGGCAUUUACUCGAUUUCAAACAAGAUUCUUUCAGGGUAAAUAUGGUAAUUUGGAUUCUACGGUUAUCAGCUAUGGCCCAUGUCAAACGCCUACAUUAUCUUUUUGCGUUGAGAGACAUGAUCGUAUUCAGGGUUUCCAGCCUGAACCUUUCUGGGCUCUUAAAGUGACUGUAAAGAAGGACAAUACACCUAUCAGCUUGACAUGGGGUCGAGAAAGAGUGUUUGAUAAGCAAGUGGGUAACUUAUUCUUGAAGAUGGUUGACGAUGUAAAGGCAAAGGGUGCAGAGGUUACGAGUGUUGAUAUACAAAAGAAAUCAAAGCCAAGGCCACAUGCUCUUAAUACAGUUGAACUACUUAAGCAUUGUUCGUCAAGUCUUGGUAUCAGUCCAAGCGAGGCAAUGAGCAUUGCAGAACGACUCUAUACUCAAGGUUACAUAUCCUAUCCGCGUACAGAAACAUCAAAAUAUCCAGAUAACUUUGAUAUCAAUGCUGUCCUUAGAGAGCAAUCUGUUCAUCCUGAAUGGGGAAAAUUCUGCAAGGACCUUCUAGAAAGCGGAUAUGAUAGACCAUCAGGUGGCGUUGAUGUCGGUGAUCAUCCGCCUAUCACACCUACUCGGGUCGCUCUGGAAGGUGAACUACACGGUGAUACUUGGCGAGUAUAUGACUUUGUUAGUCGUAACUUCAUCGGUUCUAUCAGUUCUGGGCUAAAAUAUGUUACCACCACCAUUACCUUCUCAAUUGGUCAAGAAGAGUUCCACUGUAAAGGUUCGAGAGUGACUUCAUUAGGAUUUGCUUCAGUCAUGCACUGGAUGGGUAAAACAGAUGAGUAUAUCCCAGAGUUUAAGAAGGGAGAUAUUUUAGAUAUAGAAUCUGUUAGCCUGUCAGAAGGAAAGACAUCGCCACCAGAUUAUCUGACAGAAUCAGAAUUGAUUGGACUUAUGGAGCACCAUGGCAUCGGCACAGACGCCUCUAUCCCUACUCAUAUCAAUAAUAUUUGUCAGAGAAACUACGUUCAAGUUUCAGGGGCAUCGAGAAGGCUGAUUCCAACCAAUCUAGGCAUUGUGCUUAUUCAUGGGUAUCAGAAAAUUGAUCCAGAGUUAUCCUUACCCACAAUGAGAUCAGACAUGGAACAACAGUUGAACUUGAUUGCUUCUGGAAAGGCCUCUCAUAAAGAAGUUCUUGUACAUUUCUUAAAAAUGUUUGAAAAGAAGUUUGAAUACUUCAUAAAGAGCAUCAACUCUAUGGACGAAUUAUUUGAAGCUACAUUUUCGCCUCUUGCAGCAACAGGAAGACCACUUUCCAAAUGUGGUAAAUGCAAAAGGUACAUGAAGUAUAUUGCUUUGAAGCCUAAUCGACUUCAUUGCAGCACAUGUGAUGAAACAUAUUCUCUUCCACUUAACGGAACUAUCAAGUUGUAUAAAGAGCUUCGAUGCCCGCUUGAUGAUUUUGAACUUGUGCUUUAUUCCACAGGCUCAAAAGGAACCGGGUACCCUAUUUGCCCUUACUGCUACAAUCACCCACCUUUUGAGAAUUUCAAAAAAGGCAUGUCUUGCAAUCACUGUCCUCAUCCUACGUGUCCUCAUUCGAUGGUUACGAAUGCCAUAUGCCCUUGUCCUGAAUCUGAAAAAGAAGAUUUUCCGUGCAAAGGCUCACUUAUUUUAGAUGCUACGUCAGCACCCAGAUGGAAGCUUAGUUGUAAUGAAUGUAAUAUUGUGUCAUCAUUUGUUGAUAUAGUCAAGAAUGUCAGCAUUGUAAAGAACAAUUUAUGUGAAUGCGAUUCGGUAUUAGUAAAAAUAGAGUUUCGAGAGAACCAAAACAAGGAACCGCUGGUUGGCUGCAUUAUGUGUGAUAGUGAGAUUGAAACCUUAUUGACAACAAGAUUUGCAAGAAAGAAUGUACGUUCGAGAUUUAAAGGAAGACGUAGAGGAAAAGGCCGUCGUGGAAAGAGAAGGUUUUAAUUAAGUGACAGAAACAGAGAGACUUAAUAUGGAACGCAAAAGAAAAAAAAGGUCACCUUUAUUUACAAUUUGUUAUUUCUCUUUAUUUGUAUGAAAUAAAGUAUCCACAAUUUGAACGGAG